AUGUCUUGGACCGUAAUUAUUCUUUUUAUCUCUGAACUUUCAAAAUCGCAGUCAUGCCCUUGUGCGUCACACUUACUCGGAAAUGGAAAUUGUGAUGAUAAUUGCAAUAAUGAAAUUUGCAGUUAUGAUAACGGAGACUGCAAAUCUGCAUCUUCAAGCAGCUCUGAGCUUUCUGAUACUACGAAAACUGCAAUAAUUGCCUUAUGUGUAUUAGCAGGGAUUGUAAUAGCAUUGUAAAUAAAAUGUAGAACCUUUUGCUUCUAUAUAUGCUGGAAGAGAAACUCAAGAUGAAUAAAUAAUAUAAGGAUAAGACUGAAUAGAGAAAGAAAUGAAUCCAUUGGAGUAACUGAAGUGCCGCAGCUAGAAACUACUAAUCUGACACUAACUAAAUAUGAAAUAAAUACUCAAAUUGGAAGUGAUUAUUUUCCGACAAAACAGGAAAUUAAAGGAGAGCCAUUGUGCACGAUUUGUUUACUUGAAUUUCAAAUAGGAGAUUCCAGGCUUUGUUUUGCUUGAUGAUAUUUCAAAGGUCGAAUUUUUUUCCUAGUGAAAAAUUUGAAUACUUUGUGAUGUGUUUUGACGAGGAAAUGUCACAAUAGAAAAAAUAUAACCAAAAAUUGGCAACGGAGAUUCUAUAAGGGUUACGAAGUGCGGUCAUGGAUUUCAUUUAUCGUGCUUAGAUGCAUGGCUGCUAUCAGCUGACAGAAAAAAAUGUCCAAAUUGUGGAGAUUUAUUGAUAAAUAGGAAUAAAUAUUAA